AUGGAUCCAAACCCAUAUAAAAUAUCGGGUCACCUGAAUCAAAUAAUUCGGCCAUUUGAAGAACACUGCAAAAGGACAGUAACGACAUCAAUACAAACAAUGAGUAAUAAAGAUAUGAAGGUUGAAAUUCCCCCAGUGUCUGAAGUUAUAUCUCCAUCAUCUGCGGGGAAGCUUGCUAGACAAGGAAGUAUUUCAAGAAACAAUUGCUUAUGCUCCCCAACAACUCAUGCAGGUUCCUUCCGUUGCAGGCUUCAUCGUUCCCCGACCCUGACCCUCAACCGGACUAGGAGCAUCGACUCAACAGCUUUCCAGGAUACUCGAUCCAAAGCCAAUCCGAGUACUGAUACUUCUAGGCAAAAUAAUGCAGUGGAGGCUCAGUAA